UGAGCGAAUCACACAGCACAGGGCACUAGUUUUGAGUGUGUUUUGACGGAGGAUAUAUGGCAUCAUCAACAGCUUCUCGAGUUGCCAUUUUCAUAUUGAGAGUCCUUGUUUUCAUUCUCCUAUUGAUAUCUCUCAUUGUCCUUACCACCAAUGCAACAACAGCAGAUGUUGGCACUGAAGCGGUCAGAAUACACUUCAAUGAUAUUAGUGCCUACAGGUAUAUGCUUGCUGCGAUUGUCAUUGGAUUCGCAUACAGCCUCUUGCAACUUGCAUUCUCAACUUGUCAUCUUAUAUCGGGAAAUCACUUAAUAAGUGGGAAUGGAGGCAUUCUGCUUGACUUCUACGGUGAAAAGGUUAUAUCGUACCUAUUAGCUACAGGUGCUGCUGCAGGAUUUGGAGUUACAAAAGAUAUGAAGGAUUACUUUGAAGCAAAUGGGUUGUAUUUUGGCAAGUUUUACGAAAUGGCAUAUGCAUCAGCUAGCCUCCUUUUUCUCGCCUUCGUCUGCUCUGCUAUCUUGUCGGUUCUCUAUUCCUAUGCACUUCCGAAGAAAGUUUGAUUUUUCUGGCCGGGAAGGAAAAUCUACACCUGGCCGUGGUUGUUUCAUUAUCCUCUCUCUCUCUCUCUCUCUCUCUCUCUCUCUCUCUCUCUCUCUCUCUCUCUCUCUCUCUCUCAAUAGUGUUGAAAAAGCAUGCAUAUUUAUAAUAUUCUCCUUCAGUGGGCAUCGAUGUAGUUGAAGGGUCUGUCCUCUCCACUAGAGCAAACUCCCCACUCACAGCUAAUAAAUUAGCGCGGCCGGCUAUGGACUUGAAAUGUGUAUUUCUCUCUUAGAUGUGAAAUUUCCAAUUCUUAUCUC